UUCUCAAUCUCGGGGACCCUUUUGGGCCCCUUUCCCUUUUCCGUUUUGGUUUCUUGUCGUCGGAAAAAACUUGUGAUUAUUCUUAUGGCAAAUGGGUUCCGGACGAAAGCUCGUUCUUUCAGAUGUACGGCGAAAACUGCCCGUUUCUUGAUCCUGGGUUCCGGUGUCGUCAAAAUGGAAGAAAAGACGUAAAGUAUCUCAAAUGGCGGUGGCAGCCUCAUGGAUGUGAUCUUCCCAGAAACCAGUGGGAGUCUCUGAUAUGCAUGCUUGCUGAGGCAAUUCCUAACAAGACCACAGUUUUUGAAGAAAAUGGGAGUCCGAUGACAAAGCACAAGGGCUUUCUCUCCAUGCGCUUCCUUCACUACAACCUCACAGUCGAGUAUUACAGAGCUCCUUUCCUGGUGGUCGUCAGUCACCCUCCAAAGGACUCAGCUACUCAAGUCAGAGUAACAGUUAGGGUUGAUGAGAUUACCCGGUUAUCCAGACGCUGGAUAGGAGCUGAUGUUCUGGUUUUCAACACGGGACAUUGGUGGAAUCAAGAUAAAACUGUCAAGAUCGGCUGCUAUUUUCAGGAAGAAGGGAAGGUCAAUAUGACAAUGGAUGUGAUGGAGGCGUUUCAAAGGUCUCUACAGACAUGGAAAUCAUGGACGGUGCAUAAUUUGGAUCCAGGAAAGAGUCAUGUUUUCUUUCGAAGUUAUUCCCCAGCACAUUACAAGCAAGUCACUUUAAUAUUGUGUCUGAAGUUUGGAUCAUAACUCCCAUUUAAUAGAAAUGGGUAACUUGACAAUGUGAUAAUGUGUGAUGAUUCCUGGUUCUGCUGUGUGUAAAUUGCAGGAACGGCACAUGGAAUGAAGGAGGAUUCUGUGAUGCAGAUAACGAACCAGGGAGAAACCACACGAAGCUGGAAACUGAUCCUUUGAGUAAUCAGUACAUUUAUAAUGUAAUAAAUGAAAUGAGUUACAGCAAUGGGAAGGUGCAGUUCUUAAACAUCACAUAUCUGACGGAAUUCAGGAAUGAUGGUCACCCUUCACGUUAUCGUGAGCCGGGUACUCCUGCAGAAGCUCCUCAAGACUGCAGCCAUUGGUGCCUACCUGGAGUACCAGACACAUGGAAUCAACUUCUUUAUGCUCA